AUGCAGUCCACCUCCAGCACCUCUCGCUCCCAGCAGCGAAGUCCCUCCGGCCAACAUUUUCCCUCCGGUUCGGGAAGCAGUGUCGAGUCCACUAUGGCUUCUGCGCCCCGCAGCUCGUCUAGCUCAACACGUUCUCAGUCCUCAUCGAAAACUGUAGUGCCCGAAAGACAGAUCAACCAAAUUGAGAAAAGUGUCACGCAUCUGUUAGUGGCCACGAAACAACUGCUCGAAACCUUGACACAAUGGUCCCGGCGACAGGCAUCGGAGAACGAGGUCUCCGAUGUCUACGUGCGGUUGGGCUACGAAUUCAACCUGGCCUGUCGCGCAUUCAACGCUAUCGGAGUCGACACCUCAGAUCUUGGCCCUGUACCAGACCUCCUCCGCACCAUCCUUGAAGAUACCCUUAGUCAAGAUGCAUCUCCACAAGCCCUCGAUCGCUACCUCCCCCGCAUCCGUGACAUCAUCAUCAAUCUCCUACAUGGACUCAAAAAGAAGCAAGCUCGUUUACGGUCUCGGCAGCAAAAGGAGGAAAGUAGACCUCUGCCCGGUCGACAGGCAAGUGCUGGAAGUGCUGCAGCUACACAGGCGGCCAUGAACCAGGCGUAUGAGGAAACUGCGUCUACGGUGACCUCCCCGAAGCGAUCAACCCGUCGCUACGGAAGCAAUGGCUCUGCGGAGGAUGCCACGGCGCGAACAUCAUCAACUAUAGGAGCGGAUGCGCGAGGCUCAAGCUUUUCCGAACGCGAGGCCUCCAGAAGAGAGACACAGAGUAUCUUAUCUCAAUCCUCUCACACAGAUAGCGCAACACCCUCGAAGGCUCCCGUGGCUUCAUCCACUACGGCCUCGUACCCCGCACCGCCCCCUCCUCCAAAGCAGGACGAUGCACUGGGUGCUUUGCAGAGAAGUGGUGAACUGGAGCGCCGUGCGUCUCGACGAUUUUCUGCAUAUCAGAUACAAAAGCACUUGGGCGGCUCAUCAAAUGGAGUUCGCGUACUUCCGUCUCAAAAUUCUCCCAUUCCAAACCGUGGUCGGGAUGUGCGUGAAUCUCUCAAUGCUGUGCGCUUGCGUGGAUCUGUUCAUGGACGACAACGAUCGACCAACCGGUUGACGGACCUGAAAGGCGCCGCGGCGCAGACACCUUCGAAGGUACCCAGUAUCGAAGAGGAGCGCCCAAAGUCCCACGCAGAAGCUCGUGCACAGUCACCCGUGGAAGCCGCUGCAACCACCAAAGACACGGCUCCGGUACGCCCUGAGGACGACGUAGCAGAUCCUUCUGUGACUGGACGACAGCCAGAACUCCCUCAACCUCCAGAUGAACCAACCCUCGCCGAGGCAUUUGAGCCGACAAAGGAACCGACAGGACCAGCUCUACCUGGCACUCCCAAAUCAGAGCGACGCCCUCCGUCUGCAACUACCGCCACCCCGCCGCAAUCGUCUCAAUAUUCUCCAGAACAGCAAACUCCAGGCAAGGAGCUCACCUUGUUUCUGCAAUACAGGAGUAAAAUCAAGAAAUUUGUCCUUCCUGAAGGCUAUUCUGGCCUGACCAUUGGGCGCCUUCAGUUGGCUUUCAUCGAGAAGUUUGCCUGGAAUACUCACAACAAUGGAGUCGAUUUACCGGAGAUUUAUAUCCAGGAUCCCGUUUCUGGCGUACGCCACGAACUGGAGGACUUGGGUGACGUCAAGGACCGAUCUGUUUUGGUGCUCAAUGUUGACAUUCUGGAUGAAGUCAAGAAGCAUUUCGAUGAUGAGUUUGGUGGAGUUCGUCGUUUGAUUGAAGGCGUCAAGGGUGCUCUUGAAGGCCAAGAGAGCAUGAUGCAGCGUGUUUCGGAGCGCCAGCUGGAGGCGGCGAAAGAAAUGGCUCGCUUAGCCGCCGCACCUCCCGCGCCUGGCCUAGCCACCUCGAAUCUCGCUGACAGCCGUAAGGGCCCUAUCACAGGAAGCGACAGCCAAGUUGCAGAACUUCAGAGCUUGAGACGCGAUCUCGCCGUUUUGCGCCAAACGUAUUCCAACUUCUCUUCAGACAUUGCCAGCUCGAUGAACGCGAUUCGUACCAAGGCAGGCAGCCUGAAGACUGUCGCUGCAGAUGUUUCUGUGCCAUCCUAUGAAGGCGAUGCUGGUCGUGUGCGCGUGAAUGCUGGCAAGAAGGAGCUUGCUGAAGAAUCCGAACGCCUCGUGGCCCGGGUAGACGAUCUUCAGGAUCUCGUUGAGGAUCUUCGCAAGGAUGUGGUGAGCCGUGGUGUUCGUCCCCUUCCAAGGCAACUCGAGACUGUCAGCAAGGAUAUCAGUGCCGUUACCAAGGAAAUCAAGAAGAUGCAAGAAUUCCUCAAGCGGGAGAAGCCCGUGUGGACCAAAAUCUGGGAGAAGGAACUUCAGCUGGUUUGCGAGGAACGGGAUCAGCUCACUAUGCAAGAAGAUCUCGCAGCUGAUCUUCAAGACGAUUUGGAAAAAGCUGCUCAGACUUUUGCCCUUGUUGAACAGGCGACUAAGCAGCAAGCCAUGCAGAAUACCACCGGUGGUCCUGCGCUGCGUCAUACUUCACGCAAUGUGGUGAUUGAUCCUGCAGUCGACCCGGUGAAAGCCAAGGACAGCGUUCUUGGAGAGGUGCGUGCUCUGCAACCCAACCAUGAAUCUCGGUUAGAAGCGAUUGAGAGGGCAGAGAAGGCUCGCCAGAAAGAGCUUGAGACUCGUCGAGUUGGCAAGUUCCAAAAAGAACUCGGUGCAUUUGUUGAGGAGGGCAAGCUGAAGAAGAGUGGAGGCGUGGAAGAGGCUGAAAGACUUCGUCGCGCUAAGGAUGAACGUAUUCGCAAGGAGGUCUGGGAGAGACAACAGGCGCGCGCAGCCGAGUUAGCAAAAGCUGAAGCUGAAGCAGCGGCAGCGCAAGCGGAAUCGGCUGAGCAGCCUGAGGAGGAUGCUGAAGUGAAGUCCGACACAGAAAGUCAGGAAAACCCUGCGGAGGAGAUUGCAGCCACGGAGGGGACCUUUCUUCAAGAAAAGAAUGCUGCUUCUGAAGACGACGACGACGAGGGAGAAGAGGAGCAGAGUGCACCGAGCUCGGAG